GUAGUUUAUUUUUAAGCAAGAAGUUUGUUUUGUUAUUUAUUGUUGCGUUUUGUCGUCUAACAAGAAAGAAGGAACAAUCGCCCUCUCUGUCUCCAAGGCAGCAGGCAGUAAACUGAAAGCACAGCAAGAGUGUUGAAGCGAGCAGUGCGGUGGGUGACACAUCGGGGAUGUGGCUGUCGCACGGCCGGAGGAGCGGUCCCAGCGGCGGCGUUUGUGCUGCUGCUGCUGCUGCUGCUGAUGAUGAUGAUGUUGGCUGCAGUAUCAACAGUUUGAUGAAGAGUGACUCUUUCUGCAUGAACCAGUCCUUCCCUUCAGCGCGAAACAGCACUCUCAGCCGCAUGGACUCUUCAGGUAAUUCUCAAGUCAGUUCAUCAGUGGCGAUGAGGAAUCUUCAGAUUUCGGAUCUGCAUUGCUCGCUCUCAGUGUCUCCAUCAUCAUCAUCAUCAUCAGCUGCUGCGUCUCCUGUGUUGGCGAGCUCUCUUCUCAGUCAGCUAAUCUGUACUGCUCCAGAGAAGAGAAGCACAGCUCUCACCAUCAACCCCAAUAAAGCUGUCCUCUCCAUUAACAGCAGCACAUCACAGGUUUUGGAUGCAAAUGAACAUGCUUGUAAGCUGUUUGAGUGUGCAUACAGUGAUUUGAUGGGCAGGAAGUUGACCUCUCUCCUAAGAUCCAGUCAGAUGCUAGAAGAAGUCCUGAAGGAGGAGGCUCUGGAUUCUGAUGGGAAUCUAGUUGCUAUUUCAUCAAAAGUGGUGACUGCAGUGAGUUUGACAGGAGCAGAGUUUUCUGUGUCUGUGUGGCUGCAGAUACCAGAAAAACAGCAGCAGAUCUUUGAGCUCCUGCUGGAGCGAGUGGAGAGAAUCACAGCACACGUGACCUUCACUCAAAAUGGUGGAAUCCUCAGUUGUGAUGCUACUUUUGCUCAUCUCAAUGGUUACCAAGCUGCUGAGGAGAUGACUGGCCUGUCAAUCAUAUCUCUGAUGCCAUCACUACAGAUCCCCUUCCACUGCAGGACAACACCUAAGAUGUUGCGUGUGCAGAGGUUGUGUGUGCAGGCCAGGUCUGGUUUGGUGGUUCCAGCAUGUGUCCGCUUGCAGGCCGCUGUGUCUUGUGGAAGAUCACCACAGCAGAUAAACGGCUCAGGUGGUAAAUCAGUUGCGGGUGAACUCCUGUCCCCCAGUGCAGGUGUGCUGUAUUCUGGGUCGGUGUGUGUGUUUGCUCCAAGUAGCUGCCUCCUGACGCUUCUGCCCAACGGUACCAUUCACAGUCUUAACAACCCCUUCAGCUCUCUGCUGCUCGGCUAUAACAGCAGUCAGCUGCUCGGAAAGAAUGUCACUUAUUUGAUCCCAGCGUUUUAUGAGCGUGUUCGUGCUGCAGACCGAAGCAACCACCCACAUGAAAGCACCAGCCCAUCUGACAGCCAUGCAGAGCCCUGUAUGUAUUCUGCUAGUGCUAAAUGUCCGCUUGCUAAUGUUUUAACCCUCUCUACUGACAUGACCUCAACUAGAGAUGAUCAACAGGACACGUGUCAUCCAAACACAGUGCUUGCUGGCGACAGUGUAAUGGUGCAUCUGGCCAUGCGUAGGAGAGCUGGUCUUGGGAAAGGAAAGAGGAUCUUUACUGGGACUAGUGCUAAACUGGAGAAGGAGAACAGCGUCCUGUCAACCAUGACUUCUCCUGCUGUCACCUCCACACCACUAAAUGGGUUGGAUGACACUACGGAGCUUUGUGAGCAGAUUGUGGAUGCGGUUCCUCAAACUUCUGGGUCUGACUCUGCCAACUCCACCAACGCUCUGCUUCAGACCUUUGCUUUGGUGGAGUCUCUGGAGGUGCAAAAGAUCUGCAUGUCUGCUGAUGUUUCUGCUCGUUGUGGACCUUCAGAGCAUUACAACACUGGGGGAGAUUCCUCAAAGGCCCCAAACUCCGACUGUAAAGAAGCCUCAGUAAACUCCUGCAAGUAUGCACCAAAUACCCAAUCUCACUCCCAGACCUGCCAGUGUUCAGAUCAAGCCCAGCUUCAGGACUCCAGCUUUGAGGUGAUUUCCCUGGGCAGCGGAUCAUCAUCUGGGUUUUGCGAGCGACUCGUGGGUGGUUCUGGCCCUGAAAAGCUGGACGAGUCUCAGCAGGGACGUCAGCAUUUAGAAACAGGCAGCACCUUUCUGGAUUUAAACUCUAACGGAGAUGUCAUUGUUCAUGCCAUGUCAGAGAUGGACCUGAACAAUAGUGUUGAGAUCCCAAAUGCCCCUGCAGAUCUUAACCAUUCGCUUACCUCAUGUGACACUGCUGAGCUCCUGCGAACCCCUUCACCCUUCGUGGUAGAGUCAGACGUUGAAGAAGAAGCUCCGGUUUGUCCAGAGCAGGAAGCAACACCAAAAUCACCAGAAGACCAAAAAAUGCCAGCAAACUCUCAGAUGAAGAUUCUAGAGCAGCUGCCGAAAAACCAUCUAACCAGAGUUCUGGAACAGUGGAAUACCUUUUCAGAUCAUGCUGUCGGCCGAGUUCUGGAUCUUCAGAAAAAAGACGAAGUGCUGUUGCCAGGCGACGCUCCUACCACCUCCACCCCUAAGAAGGUCAAGGUGAACUCGUCAAUUCCAGAGGGCAGGAUACAUGUGACCUGCUACAACAGGGAUGGAGCACCAAUCGAGGUACAGUGUGAUGUUCGCUGGGUGUCCCUGUCCAGCGGCAGCUCUCUGGUCUGCCUAUGGCUGAGCGGCAGUCAUCUCUUACUCCACCACCAGGAGGCGCCACAGAGCGCCAUGUCUCCCACACUGAGGACAAGGACCUCAGAACAGAGCAGCCUUGUUGAGGCUGUUCGUUCAGAUUCCCUGCGCUCUUCUGUUGACCUGGAGCAGUCCGGAGCUUGUGAGGGUCACUUUGAGAAAAACUACCGUCCACUGCGCUCCAUUGGGAAAGGAGCCUUCGGGUUUGUCUGGCUGGCUUCAAGGCGGGCAAGCGGAGAGGAGAUGGUUGUGAAGUUCAUUAGGAAAAGUGCGGUGGUGAGUGAAUGCUGGGUGGAUGAUCCCGAUCUGGGUCGAGUCACUCAAGAAGUGGCCAUACUAUUUCGUCUGCAGCAUCCAAAUGUUGUGAAGGUGCUGGAGGUGUUUGAGAAUCAGGGAUUCUUCCAAAUGGUCAUGGAGAAACACGGGGAUGGACUGGACCUGUUUGAGUUCAUUGACAAGCAGCCCAAACUGGAUGAGCCUCUCGCCAGCUACAUCUUCAGACAGCUGGUAGCAGCGGUUGGUUACCUGCGUUCCAAAAAAGUGUUACAUCGGGACAUAAAGGAUGAAAAUAUCAUCAUAAACUCCAACUUCCAUAUCCGACUGAUUGAUUUCGGCUCCGCUGCCCUGCUGCAGCCUGGAAAACUCUUCUACACCUUCUGUGGCACGCUGGAGUACUGCUCACCAGAGGUGCUGAUGGGAAACCCGUAUGAGGGACCAGAGCUGGAGAUGUGGUCUCUAGGAGUGCUCUUAUACACUUUACUGUUUAGUGAAAACCCAUUCUGCAGUGUGGAAGAAACCCUGCUGGCCCGACUCAACCCUCCGUGCGAGAUAUCUACAGAUCUGUAUGCGCUGUUGGCUGGUCUUUUGCAUCCUGCGGUUGAUCAGAGAAUGAAUCUGGAGGAGCUCUUGCAGUCGCAGUGGAUCCAGCAACCCAUAAAUCUAGCCGAGUACUCAUGGAGAGACAUCUUUCCUUCCGAUGAGUCCAACUCAUCAUGUGUGCACCGAGCAGAAGUCCUCUACGCAAACUCUGAAGACAAUCUGAGCUCGUCUGAAGACACGCCAAUAGGAGACGAUGAUGAUGAAGAGGAGGACGAGGAGCAGAGGAGAACCAUGGCAGCGCUUCAGUCCGAGCUGCUGAAAUACCUCACCGAUGAGUGAGCCUCUGUUGUGAAAGAGACACUAAUGCGUUCAGCUCAGCUAAUUACGACAUUACAUCUAAUGUCACCAUGAGCACUAAUGCAGGAUCUGUCCGUCCAGCUGCUGCUGAUGAUUCUAGUCCGGCCAAAGAGCAAAGCAAAAGUGGCACUGGGAAUGAAGGCCAUCUGUGUUGCUAAGAAACUGCUUUAUCUCUGUGUUUAGUGAAGGAACAGGAGUGUAUUUAUCAAAAGACUUGUGUUUUUCACUCUUAUGGUUUUAAAAAUGCGGUUAUGCUCUUAGUUGUAAUGUUGUGGAGUUGAGCUGAAGGAUUGUCCUGUUAAAACAUGCGGCACGUGCACUAGACCUGAAUGAUACUCACUUGACCAUUAAGACAUUUUGUUAUUAGGCCUUCAGAGCUUUAAAAUAAUUUUUAGGUUCAUUUUUUAAACUUUUAAAUAAUGAAUAUUUUAAUAAUUUUUUAUAACAUUUCAGUAUUUAUGCUAUAAAUAAAUAGUUAUUGGUGUAUUUUCAGUUCGUUUCGGCUGUUGAUAAUUCUGGUUUUAUUUAA